AUGACGUUGAUUUUAUAUGAGUUGGUUUGUGCUAAUUUUUUGGGAAUUGUGGAGGCUUUUGAGGCUCCACAACAUGUAACUUGUGUAAGCUCCACAACAUGCAAUGUGUAAUGAUCCAUAUAAUUUUUCAGAAAAUGCAAAUACCCGUCUUCCUCGCACUUUGCAUAACAACGACCUGGGCAGUUGAUCUCCGCACCGACUUCUCCAUAACUUUCCGCUACCCAGAUUCCCACGCCCAUUGGCCACGUAAACUUUUGGUUGACAUUGCGAGUUCGGACGCUUUCAUCUACGAUCAGGUGCGAUUUCCCAAGCUUUCGAGUACUCGAGCCGUCAACACAUCAGAGUCCAAGACAUUCAACAAUCUUGAUAUACCAGUGAGUAUCACUUAUAACUCGCCGUUUGCCGAUGAAAAGACCGAUAUGAUAGUAGGAUACGUUGGAGAAGACAAUCUAAAAUUCGACGGUAAGGACUUGAGAACUAACCUCGUUUUUGCCACGUUGAGCUUUGCGGAUCCGGGAAAAGGAAUAACUGGAGAGGGGUUUGCUGGGAGGAUUGGAUUGGCAAAAGAGAGCGGAAAAACUGAAUUGAGGGACGACUUGUUCAAGGCGGCCGGCAAGAAACUGGUGUGCUUGCUAUACAGCACCGAACUGGAUGGAAGGUAACGAACUUUUUUUUACAGAGGAAGACGAAAUGUCGCGAAAUUAUCGGCACUUUUUCUCGUCCGAAAUAAUUGCUUUUUCUCAAAAAGGAAGAAGAAAGAUAAGAAAAUGCUUUUUAUCGGAUAGUGACAUUUCGUUUUGAACGAAUCACCAAAAAGGGGCGGGAAAUUUUUUCUUCUAAUUAUUUUGGAUUGACGUGACAGGGUCUUUCAAGAAACGUGAAGGAAAGUCGGAGGCUAUAACUUCCGGCGGAGGCGGCGCGGAGACUGUAUUUUUAAGCGACAUUAAUUUUUGUCUAUGAAAUACCAAAAUUUUAAAGUGCAAACUGUGGACUAGUCCUUCUAGAAAAUUUUUGAUAGUGUAACAACCCUUUCCAUUACUUUAACACCAUUAUUUUAGCAAUAGCUCAACAAGGGUUACCAUCGGUACCAAUCCGUUGCAAGACAGGACCCCUCACCUCCAAGCCAAGUCCUUGAAAAACGAGUUCCGCUUAUGGUCUGUGAAUGUGACUCGAUUCACGAUUGGUGGCAACAUCUUGGGCAAAUCUGUUCAAGCCUAUUUAUCAACCACCACAAACUUCCUUACGGUCCCAUCAAAUUAUCUCCAACUCAUUGUGAGACAAACGAGAGCAAGGUAUGACGAGAAAGCCAGCCUCUACGUUGUAGACUGCGCUACAAAGAACAAAUUGUUCUUCUACAUCAAUGGAAAGGAAUUUCCAAUAGAAGCACAGAGUUAUAUUGCAAAGCGUGGCAAUGUGUGUUAUCUGAAAGUGAGAGAAGGAACGUUGGUGCUUGGAUCUCCGUUUUUUGUCAACCUUGGAGUUUGCUUGGACUUUGAGAAGGACGAAUUCAGUAUUUAUCGACUUAAACCUUGA